CCCGACUUGUCUAUGUACUCACCCAGCCAGUAAUCUGAGUGUCUUGCUGUCAGCUGGUUUCACCCAUACGAGAGGGUCUUGCAGAGCGUUUUCGCGGCUAGCCUUAGUCGCACUGAUUAUCUAGCGCGAUAUCCACGCCUUCGGCUGGCAUCCACAUACCGCGCCCGGGAAUCAAGACAUCGUGUCGUGACUUACCACACGUUGCUCUAGCUACUAUGGGACCCGCUUUGUAUAUUCCCUUACAUGUCAAGUACAUUCAGUCUCUUGGCGAGAACAAGGAUGACUUGGUGUAUCACCUCACCGCGCACCUGCGGAUGAACGCUGUUUAUUGGGGGCUGACUGCCCUCUUGAUCAUGAAGCAUAAGGAUGCCCUAGACCGAGACGAGAUGAUCGAUUUUGUGAUGAGCUGUUGGGACGACGAAGCAGGCGGCUUCGGAGCGCAUCCCGACCAUGAUGCGCACAUCCAUUCCACCCUAAGCGCAAUCCAAAUUCUGGUGAUGCAGAAUGCCCUCGAUCGUGUGGAUGUUCCGCGUGUUGUGAAGUUCAUCCUCUCGCUUCAGCAGGACUCGGGCGUGUUCGCGGGCGACCAGUGGGGGGAGAUCGACACGCGUUUCCUGUACAUCGCGGUGAACGCGCUCUCGCUGCUCGGCCAUCUGCACGAGCUUGAUGUUGAGAAGACCGUGGGCUAUAUCCGAAGGUGCAGGAAUUUCGACGGCGGGUUCGGCGCCCGAGAAGGCGCGGAGAGCCAUGCUUCGCAAGUGUUCGUCUGCGUUGCCGCUCUCGCCAUUCUCGACAGGCUUGAAGAGGUGGACCAGGAUAUGCUGGGGUGGUGGCUCGCAGAACGUCAACUCCCCAACGGUGGACUGAAUGGACGGCCGGAGAAAUUGGAAGACGUCUGCUACAGUUUCUGGGUGCUAUCAGCGAUGUCUAUUCUAAACAAGGUUCCGUGGAUAAACGCCGAGAAGUUGACGGCGUUCAUAUUAUCUGCUCAGGAUCCUGAACAAGGAGGCAUUGCGGACCGGCCCGGAGAUCAGCCUGAUGUUUUCCACACAAUAUUCGGUGUAGCAGGGCUGUCUAUUCUUGGUUACCCCGGACUAGAUGACCUCGACCCGGUCUAUUGUAUGCCAGCGAGCGUGAUCGAAUCAUUGGGUCUAAGGAAAGGGUGGACUGCGCUCCCGCGAAGACAAGUGUGAUGAGGAGCACAAUGUAUACGUAUACAUCUCUGUAUCUCUAGCGAAGGCAAAGAAGCUAUC